GGACGGUGGAACGUGUUCGCUGGGAGCCACGCACUCGGAGCAAGCAUUUUCUUUGAAUCAAUUCCAUAAGCAUAAGGCGAUGCCAUGUGGUUGCUAGAAUCGAUUCCAUCUGCUGCUACCCAAUCAAAUAAUGGAGCGAGUAUCAAACCCAUCGAGACUGUCAAGUCGAUCCGGCUCCCCUCCAAGUCGAUCUGGCCUAUAAAUAUGAGCACCAUACGCCAUCACAUAUAUCGUCAAUGCUUUGGCUUAUUUCUCCCUGAGCAAAGCAGGUGCGGGGCGCUGCGUUGACGUGUUCGAUCGAGCAAUUGCAACAUGAGGGUGCUGAGGGACUGUCAGGGUUGCAUCCGCGCCGCGCAGAGCUACCCUGCCACUGCUCAACACAGGUGUCGUCCUGGUCGUGGGGUGAAGCCGUGGUCUCAAGGAUAUCAACUGCCGACUGACAUUUGGCAGUGUGAAUCUGGGAGCUUGAUACUCUUGGAGACCACUAUCUCCUAGACGGGUUGGUGGUGGAUUGCCGGUGAUCUACUCAACCGAAGAUUGUGAGGAGGUCUGGAUUGGUUGUGAAACUCACCAUCUCCGGCGUGGAGAAAGAGAUGGUCAUAAUAAGAGAUGAGGAGUGCAUUAUGCAACCUCAGGAGUAAAAGGGUUGAAAGAGACCCAGGUCAAGUGUGAUUGAGCCUCUCAAUGGAGACGUAGGAUAUCGGUGGAUACCCGAACUUCGGUAACAAAUCAUUUAUCUCCGUAUCUCUUUACAAUUGUUCAAUAGAUUAACUUAAUUUCUUGUUUGCUUAUAUGUAUUUACAUCGAGUUAAUUUCAUAAUAUGCAAUCUAGCUCUGUUUACCUGUAUUAGAAUAUCCGAUCGGUGGAUCGGAACAUCCAAUUGGCCUUUGUAUCAGAAUAUCCAUUCGGUAGGAUAGCAACAUCCAGCUAAACUUCGUGUAUAUCUUGUUAGAAUUGAAUAAUUAUUUGUCACUCUUGGAUUGUAAUACUUCAUAAUUAUUUUAGGGUGUUUGUGCACGAGUUGAAUCUAGCAUAUUUACAUUUUAAAAAAUCCGUUAGUAUAUUUCCGCUUCUAGUUUAGGCCAACUAUUCAAAAAAGGGGGACAAAGUUUUUAAAAUGCCUAUUCACUCCCUCUAGAUGGCAUCUAGGGAUGAAAAUGGUACGGGAAUAUCCUAUCCCGUCCUGUGACCAUUUCCCAUUUUUUCCGAUCAUUUUCAUUUUCCCGAUUCUUAUGUGGGAACAGAAUGGAAAUAGGACGGUGUCAUCCGGAAAUGAGGCCAAAAACGGUUGAGGCUCAUCCUGUCCGUUUUAUCAGAAUCCUAUUUUUUGCCGAAAUAUUCCCAUUUUAGCUUGUUUUUCAAUUCCUACAUACCAACAACCACAGUCCACAUGCCAAGACCACAACUUGCAAUGCCAACCCUAGCCCGCUGCCCACUGGUUGCCAACUUGCUGCCGCAACUUGCACACGCAAGACGCCUACAAGUCCACAUUUAGACGGUGGAACGUGUUCGCUGGGAGCCACGCACUUGGAGCAAGCAUUUUCUUUGAAUCAAUUCCAUAAGCAUAAGGCGAUGUCAUGUGGUAGCUAGAAUCGAUUCCAUCUGCCGCUACCCAAUCAAAUAAUGGAGCGAGUAUCAAACCCAUUGAGACUGUCAAGUCGAUUUGGCUCCCCUCGAAGUCGAUCUGGCCUAUAAAUAUGAGCACCAUACGCCAUCACAUAUAUCAUCAAUGCUUUGGCUUAUUUCUCCCUGAGCAAAGUAGGUGCGGGGCGCUGCGUUGAUGUGUUCGAUCGAGCAAUUGCAACAUGAGGGUGCUGAGGGACUGUCAGGGUUGCAUCCGCGCCGCGCAGAGCUACCCUGCCACUGCUCAACACAGGGCACUUGCGCGAGUCCAACAACUAUGGAUCGAGUGGGAGAUCCAGUGCCUGGUGCUAGUGAGCUUCUCGCUGCAGGCCUUCCUCCUCUUCACCGCGGGCUUCCGUAAGCGCCACAGGUCGCGCGUGCUCAGCGGGCUGCUGUGGCUCGCCUACCUCUCGGCAGACUCCGUCGCUGUCUUCGUCCUCGGCCGGCUAACUCUCCACACCGGCGACCCGCGCCACCAGCUGGUGAUCUUUUGGGCGCCAUUUCUGCUGCUCCAUCUUGGCGGGCAGGAGACCAUCGCAGCUUUCUCCAUGGAGGACUGCGCGCUGUGGAAGCGUCACCUGCUGAACCUCGCGACCCAGUCGACGCUGGCUGUCUACGUCGUCGGCAAGCAGUGGCGAGGGGACAAGCGGCUCGUGUUCCCCAUGCUGCUCAUGUUCGUCUGCGGGGUGGGCAAGUACGCCGAGAGGACGUGGGAUCUCAGGAGGGCAGGCUCACGGGCACCUGGAAGCAGCUCCAUCGCUGGCCAUGUUACCGGCGCCAGGCGGGAAUUCGAACGUGAAGUGUUUUGGUAUUAUGACCGCCUGAAUGAUAUCGUUGCGAAGAAGCUUCAGCUACAUUUCGAGCUAGUCAUGGAGCUGGCCACCCGGGGCUUCCAGCUGAGCUUAGAUUUUCUCAUGGAGGUGAUCCCUGCGAAAUCCUUGCGCCCUGAAACCGAUUGGAACGAAGGCCUUGUGGCAAGGAUCAAAUCUUCAGAGAAUCGAGCUGAUUUGGUAUACAAGUUGGCUGAAGUUCAUCUCUCCUUGAUCUAUGACUACUUGUACACCAAGUUUGGAGGCUUCUUGGGUGUGCUGCAUCGGCCAACAACCUUUGUCCUAACCUCUAUAGCUCUAUCCUUGUUUCUCGUUGUUCUGAUUGAUCAAAAGGGGACACCAACCAGCAGCUACUAUGGAAAUGAUAUUACCAUAUCAUACAUAUUGCUUGUCGGCGCCGUUGCACUGGAGAUCUCCUCCAUCUUCAUGUGGUUCAUGUCAUCAUACUGGCCAUACAUGACCAUUUCAUAUCUACAGCAUCGGGGUCGCCACAAAGCCUUCCGAACAAUGUUGCUCAUCAUUGUUAGGCGCCUAGGUCGAGAGAGAAGAGUUGAAUGGUCAGGGAAGCUGCCUCAGUACAACAUGAUCAGUGUAUGCAACCGGGAGAAUCAAGCUGGCCCUCUGGAGAAGAUGAUGCGCUGUGUCGGCAUUGAGAGGGACUACACCACGCAUGUUGUUGUCUCCCCCGAGGUGAAAAAGGUGCUGCUUGACCAACUGCUUGAGAUAGCCACUUCUACUUCAAGUGCCGCAGAGGAGCUGGACUUUGCCAAUUUCCGUGGCCAGUGGGCUCGUAAUGGAGUUGGUUGGCCUUGGUUCUUCGAAAAUGAAGCUGAUCCGCCUUGUUCCUCUGAAGGUGCAGCUGAUCAACCUUCUUCCUCUGGAAGUGCAGCUCAAGAUGCACUUCAGAUUAGCGCAAUCCAAGAUUUGGAUUUUGUAUCAAGUGCCAUUCUAUGGCAUUUUGUUACGGACAUAUGCUUACUGGCUAGUCAGGCUGUCCAUGAGGCAACCGGUGGCAUCUCCAGGCUGAGAAGGUCUAGCGAAGAGUUGUCGAAUUACAUCAUGUAUCUUGUUGUCAAGUGCAAUGUAAUGCUUGGAAGCGAUGGGCAUUACGUGGUCAAAGUUGCACGACGCGAUGUGAUGCUGUUUCUUGGCAUGGUUGUUGACAGGAAGGAGUUCAUCCAGAAAGUCAGUGAUGGCGACCCUGAUGUCAACCUUAAGGAAUUCCCUGCACUUGAUCGAGCACACCGUGUCUCCUCAGAGCUGCUUAAGAUGCAUGCACACAACAGAUGGAAACUCAUCGCGUUGGUAUGGGUGGAGAUGCUUUGCUACGUUGCACAUAAUUGUGGGGCUGGAUUCCAUGCCAAGCAUCUCAGCACCGGUGGGGAGUUCGUCACCCAUGUCAAGAUGCUCUUCUUUAUCCUAGGAUUUCCUUUGCGUGGGCAUAGUAAGGAACAGCUAUUUCCUUCAGAAGAGAUAGAAGAGAGAAAGUUCCUCAAGAGUUCUCAUCCAUGGAGACGGGGAUGAGAUCACUCACAGGAGAGGUCUCCGUUGUAACACCCUGAGGCUUACCGGAGGUUACCAACAAACACCUAUAAUUCAACCAAGUCUAAAAAUUAUUAAUAAAUUUCAGAAGAGAUUCUCUUGUAUUUAGGGCCACAUAAAUGAUGUGUAAUGUAUCACAUGUUUUCUAUAUAUACACA